AUGGCCCCCCGACCGGAUCCAACAAGAAUUCCACGACGGAGGACAACGUUUACUGUUGAACAGUUGUAUCUUCUGGAAAUGUAUUUCGCACAGAGUCAAUAUGUUGGAUGUGAAGAGAGAGAACGGUUGGCGAGAAUUCUAAGUUUGGAUGAAUAUCAGGUCAAAAUUUGGUUCCAAAACCGCCGGAUCCGCAUGAGACGAGAGGCCAACAAGUGA